AUGACAAGAAAUCGUUUCCGACCUGUUCUAGAAGAUAACGAGGAAAACGAUAACCAUGGUAGACGUCGUCCUUCGAAUCCUGAGCCAGGUCCGCCUCCUGAGCCAGAUCCGCCUCCUGAGUCAGGUCCGCCUCCUGAACCAGGUCCGCCUCCUGAGCCAGGUCCGCCUCCUGAGCCAGGUCCGCCUCCUGAGCCGGCACCACUCUUGUCGCUUUUUAAAUUAAAUAUCGAACCCACUUCAAUAACAUCAUUGACGUUUGUAUCUCUAUACGAGGAUCAAUCAAAAAAUACAACAGCCUCUUCAGACAAAGCUAAAAAGUUUGAAGUUACAGAUCCAAUGGCUGCUUCAAAAUAUAAUAUUACAUGUAAAAUCGAAGGAUUCUAUACCAAACUGAAUGAGUAUAUUACAAAGAAGAAGUAUGAUCUGCAAACGUACGCUGUUGUUGAUGACAAGAAAAUAUUGGUCGACUUAACACAAAUGAAUGUUCGUCGACCCAAUCCAUUCCCUGUAGCAUAUGAAAUAGUCGAAAAGAGAUUAUUAAUUCCUACUGUAUUCCAAUAUGGAAGUCAACAAUACAAAUAUUUUUCAUUACCAGACUGUACUGUUCUCAGUAUUAUCGAUCGUUUUAUAGAUGAAAAUGAGUUAAAACAAUUAUCACCUGAAGUUCGUUUGGUAUUUUAUGAUGAACUCGGGAAAUGCAUCGAAAAUGGGAUGGUUUCAGAACUGCCACACGACGUUAAUCAUGAUUUGCCAUUCUUUAUUUUUGUCAGAGAAGAAAAUAUCGAAAACACUUUAUUAUAUAUGGUCAAGCUACAAACAAAAGGUAGAAGUUGCUCAACAGAUCAGUAUUUUGAAAAAGUAUGUGAUUAUUUGAAUUUAGAUCAAGAGGAACAAAAAUGUCUAUUUCAUCCAACAGCGAAAUGGUACCAGGUCGAUAUUUGGCGUAAAACUCAUUUGCAACAAACUGAUUCAUCUUGUGCUUAUAUAAACAGAGAAAGCAAAGUUAUAUAUGAUAAAAAUGAAUCGAUAUCCAUAUUAGAGAAAAACGCAGUAACUUUGGAUGCAAUUAGUGAAGAUCAAACACGAACUGUCACUUUAUGUUUUGGAUCGAAUACGAAAGUUAUUCAAAUACUUAGUUCGCUUCGAAUGCGUGACCUAUUGAGUAUCGAUAUCCUUCGACAAUUCAAUUUAACUGUUUCGCCGAAAGAUUGUGUUUUCACGCUUGGUGAUAUUGAUGAACAAGAAUUAUCUGAAGAAGAUUCGAACAAAGUAGUCGAAGAAUUUUCUCAACCGGUACAAUGUCGAAUAUGGUUAAAAGCUUACAUUCAUCAGAAUGAUAUUCAACGAGAUAUUGUCAUAAAAGUUAAAGACGAUACCGUUACCGUGGAUCAAAUAUUGCACAUGCAAGAAAUACCCAAUGAAGCUUGCAAAUAUUUAGCCUCUUGUGAUAGAAAUGCAGUUAUUGCUUAUGACCAAAAAAUUAUUGAUUUGAAAGAAACAAAAUUCAUUCUUCUCAAAGAAAGUGAAACAUGUUGUGUUUCAAUUCGUAAACAGACGAAGGAGCAAGAAGAUGAUUAUUCUAAACGAUACUCAAAGUUUGCAACUGUUGCCGAUGUCUUGAAAAAUAGUGACAUUGAUGCUGAUUGUUUUCUCUGUUUCGGCGACGAUAUUGUUCCUUCAGAAGAAACUAAACUGGGAUUGUUUCCAUCACCAAUUGAGUUUCAUAUUAUCACAGACAACUUGCCAGCACUCGUUACUGUUACCAACUUCGAGCAAGAAAAUUGUUCGAUUCAAUUCAAAUGCUUAAAAUCAAUUACUGUGAAAAGGGUGUUUGAUAUUUCAUGUCAACUACUAAAGACUACUGCAAGUUACUAUUACCUCGAGUAUGAAGCAGGUGAAGUAGACUAUGAGCUAACUCUGGAAGAUCUCGAAUCGUCUUCAGAUAACUUCCACUUCAAAUUAGCCUCGAAACUUGAUAUGGCAUGCUCUAUACGAUACAAAAGCGAAAUCUUUAAAUUGCCGUGUUCAAAAACAACAACAUUGAAAGAUCUUGUCGAGGAAAUGUUUCAAAAACUUCAUAUUCCCAAAGAAGAUAUCGAUCAGUUUCAAGUAGAGCACAUAUUAAAUGAUAAUGAGACAUCAUCAAUCGAUAUAGAUUUAACUAUUGACGAUAUUCCCGAAACCGAUUCUGACAAUAAAGAGACAAG